AUGAGCUUCCGCUUAGUGGAGGCCUUGAAAAAACUGUACAACCGGAAUAGGCUGAGUCGUUUCGUCAUUGACGAGGCUCAUUGCGUUUCUCAGUGGGGUCAUGAUUUCAGGCCUGAUUACCAAAAGCUCAGUGCAUUAAGAGAACAGUUCCCAGACAUUCCCACCAUGGCUUUGACUGCAACCGCAACUCACGUUGUCCGCACAGACAUUCUUCGUCAGCUCCGAAUGAACGACCCAAAAUGGUUCCUGUCGAGCUUCAACCGUCCAAACUUGAAAUACACUGUGAUAGAAAAAACUUCCAAAGCCAAGACGGGGGAGGACCAGCUCAUCAAACUGCUGCUAACACCAAUUUGCAGAAACGUUUGUGGAAUCGUGUACUGCUUUUCGCGCAAAGACUGUGAAAAUACUGCAGAAAAACUCAAGCAGCACAACAUCAAAGCAGGAGCCUAUCACGCUGGAAUGACUGACAAGCAGAGAAAUGACAUUCAGCACUUGUGGACUGUUGGAACUGUGAAGGUGAUUUGUGCGACAAUUGCAUUUGGAAUGGGCAUCGACAAGCCUGACGUUAGAUUCGUCAUCCACAAUUCACUGGCAAAGUCGAUUGAGGGCUACUAUCAAGAAGCAGGCAGAGCUGGCAGAGACGGAGAAAUUGCUCAUUGCAUCUUGCUUUACAGCUAUGCAGACGUGAAGAAAAUCAUUUCACUGAUUGAGAGUGAUGGCAAGAGUCGAGAGUCCAUCCAAGUGCACAGAGACAAUGUGUACAGAAUGCAAGCAUUCUGCACCAACAAAUUGGACUGCCGUCGAGUUUUGCAGCUGAGAUACUUUGGUGAAAACUUCAAUAGAGAACUCUGUUUGAAGGACAGGCGAACAACUUGCGAUAAUUGCUUGAACAAAGGAGAGUACAUUGAGCGAGACUUCUUAGAGCUGGCAAAGGAAAUUGUCCAGUGUGCCACUACUGCUUGUGGUUACCCUGGUAGCGGUACUCGAAUUACACAACUUGACAUGGCCAAUAUCUUGAAAGGCUCCAAGUCGCAAAGAACCCUCAACUCUGGGCACGACCAACUGUCAGUGUACGGAAAGGCAGUAAACUACAAUAAACCAGACAUUGAACGUCUGCUGCAAAACCUUGUUGUGGAAAACUAUCUUUCGGAAGAGUACUUGGCAACCUUCACGUUUGCUGUGAAGAAGCCAAAAGACGGAACAUUGCCUGGAACUCCUGUGCUGAACAAAUUGAGUCACGAUGAAGAAAUCUUGCAAGACAUUCAGACCAGUUGCUUGAAGGCCCUGCAGGAGAAACUUCGUGAAAUCGCCACUUCAAUGGGAAAAUCUCCACACACCAUUGCAAACCCUCAGGCCCUGGUUGAAAUGUCCAAGAAAUUGCCAGAAACUAAAGAGCAGAUGUUGAACAUUCCUCAUGUGACUCAAACAAACUUCAACAUCUUUGGGCUUCAAAUGUUGGAAAUCACAAGAACUUUUGCAGCUAACCAGCAAGAAGUUUUUGCUGCUGUUGCGGCAGACCUGUGCGAUGAUGAUUUUGACGAGAGUCAAGAUCUCAUGGCAAUCAAUGCUCCGUCUACUUCUGGCAUGCAAAGCCAAGGCAAUUACAGCAGGAGAGGCAGAGGAGGAUUCAGAGGAAGAGGGGGAUUUGGAGGGCGGAAGUUUGGAAAAAAGAGGAGAGCAAGAGGAGGCGCAGGAGGUCCUGCCAACAAAAGACAGAAGACUGGUGGACAAUCUGGUGGCUCGUAUGGGACAUCCAGGGGGCCGAGUGGAGAGACUGUGACUACCAGGCCAGGAGUGAAUAGUAGGAUUCAGAACAUGCCUAUUCCUGUUGGCCGUGGCAAUAUAAGAAAUCUACGAGUGUCUAUAUCAUGA